AUGUUUGGAGCGUUAAACUCAUCCACUUCAGCCGCCCCAUCUUCAGGUGGUCUCUUCGGUGCGAUCAAGCCGCAAAACUCGGGCAACAUCUUCGGAACCUCUUCAACUACAUCUGGAGGGCUGUUCGGCGCGUCUACAACCACUUCGACACCUCAAACCACUGGAAACUUGUUUGGAUCGUCGACAACGACCACUUCUACUCCCCAAACGGGACUGUUCGGUAGCUCUAACCAACCAGCAACUGGCCAACAGACAGGAACUAAUCUCUUCGGGGCUUCGAAUCAAAAUACAUCAUCCACUAACUUGUUUGGAUCGAAUAACACUAACACUAACGCGACUGGUAACCCGUUUGGUACCAAGGCAUCUAGUGUCCCUGUUACACCUGCACCAUCUGGAGUCGGCAAUGGCGUAUCUCAGAGCAACCCGGUGUUCACGCGCACUACGCGCUUCAAUGACCUACCUGAAGAUGCGAAAAAGCAACUGGAAGCGCUAGAUGCUAUGAUCCAAUCGCAAUGUCGUCACUCAGAUACUCUAAAAGCAAUGCAGCUAGGGACCGAAAUAACGGAGGGAACCUCACUACUGCGUCAAGUUACAUCGGAAAUGCAUGUCACUUCCGCCUCCGUGAAAAAUUCGGCAAAGUUACUUGAUUCAAUUCGACAAUCUAUCGAUGGAGAAGUGGCUGAUUUGCUUAACCUGGCGGCAAUUGUGGACGCCCAUCAUUCUCAACGCAUGACUGCUGGUGCCCACAAUACUGGAGAAUCGUUACCAAAUCCUUUGAAGUUUCAGUUUGAGUUUUUCUCCCAAAAAGCGGCCGACAUGGAGGAACGGAUGAAACGUUAUCGGCAAACUAUUGAUUACGUCGAAUUACAAUUGAAAGGACUUUUUGAUCGACCUAGCCCUGCGUCCAUCGUACCCGCUUUAAAGGCUCAAUAUUCUACAUUCAUGGCUCUGGCCGACAAAGUAGCUCAGUUGGAUGCGGCUUUAACCCUUCUGAAAGAGGAAUACCGAGACAUUUGGAGGCAUCAAACCGGAUCUGUUCGUGAUCCAUUCGCAGAAAUUGAUCAAGCUUUCGGACUUGGUACUUCGACAAAUACCUUCCAAACCGGAUAA